CCCAUAUUACCUGAUGUAUUCGUACAGUCUGUCGCAGGAACCUUCAUCCCAUCAACCAUUCCUUUCCCUGCCCUUUGCUAUCAUCACAAUGGUGGCCUCUUGUCUCUGCUACUCAAUUCGGAGGUCUUGCAAUUGACUCGUCUCAACUUCACUGAUUCCAGCGAAUCGUUCCUACCGUCACCUCGUCUCGUUUGGCCUAGACCCCGCCCCGAGCCAUUUGUCCCUUCUUCCGCCUCACCCAUUUCGCCACAUAAGGUCACCUUGCAACUCAUCUCCUCUUUCUUUUCCAUCUAUCUCUCGCCUCAUGAGCGAUGCAGCCCGGCGCUGAGCAAGUCCAUCAUGAGCGAUUGGCGAUGACAUUCGAUACCUCAUUACGCUACUCUCCUACAUCCCUAUCUUCCGUCCCAACCACCACCUCCAUAUCCGCCGAUGCCACUGGUAGCGCCUGGCGACCCGGUCGCUUUCGGCCACAUGCUGAUGGCUCUCCAACGUCUAUUGUCAUAAACAUCAACGAUGGCGGUUCAACAGGCCGCGGCAUACUUAUUGGGAUAUUGUCAGCGUUUGGGUCAGCAGGCGUUGCUGUUCUUGUUCUGGCGAUUUUCUUCUUUUUCAAGUAUACAUCUCGAGGAAGGAUCAUAUUAGACCGGAUAGGCCGGCCCGGUGAAUACGAUGACGAACAGGCGUUUGCGCAUGAGGAGGCCGAAGCUUUGGAGACGAUGGAUGAAUUACAGAGGACGGAAUAUCUAAGGGCAAAAGCUUUCACCCAGGCCAACCCUCCGGAGUCUGUACAGACCGAUAUCUCUUUGUCGCAAUUCCUAGCCAUUCAAGAGAAGGGAGUAUCAGCGUGGGAAUUUGAACCUGAGUUAGAGAUUGCGAAUUGUUUCGUCGAGGCGAGGACAGAAAUCGAAUUCUUCGAUUCAGAAUGCAGUGUCCAAAGUAAUCUGCCGGUGCCGAAACAGAACGAGGUUUACUACUGGGAGGCCAAAAUCUACGACAAACCUGAGACGAGUUUGAUCAGCAUUGGGAUGACAACAAAGCCAUACCCACUGUUCAGAUUACCUGGUUUUCACAAAACCUCGGUCGCCUACACCUCCACUGGUCACCGAAGAUAUAACCAACCUUUCAAUGCAACGCCUUAUGGCCCUGUCUACGUGCAAGGAGAUGUCAUUGGUGUAGGCUACCGGCCGCGCACUGGAAGUAUUUUUUUCACACGGAAUGGCAAGAAACUCGAUGAGGUCGUGCAUAACCUCAAGACCCAGAACUUUUUCCCGACCGUGGGAGCCAAUGGACCUUGUACAGUUCACGUCAACUUUGGGCAAAUGGGCUUUGUAUUCAUAGAAGCAAACGUCAAGAAAUGGGGUCUGGCACCGAUGACUGGAAGUUUAGCUCCCCCGCCACCCUACGGUAGUGAGCAAGGCAGCAUUCUACUGGAGACCGGAAGAGAAGGGACUCGAGAGCCUGCCUACGAGCCUGGCCACUCGAGGACACGAAGUGGACUUGCCAGACUAGGAUUGCCUGCAGGGCCAAUACGCUCGCCUACGGACAUAUCACUGGCUCAAUUGGCUCAUGUUUCAACGCAAGAUCUCCCCCAUCAUGGCAACAGCUUACUUGAUCUUGGUGAUGUUCAGCAUCAACCAGUCGAGAACACACCAGCUGGCCAACAGAUUAUCCCACCGCCAGAAUACAGUAGUCCACCUGUAAGUCGUCGGAGCAGCGGCGAAGGAGAUGACGAAGAGAGACGAGGAAUGCUCCAGGAUCGAGCAGAUCAACCACCUAUAUAUGACGCCGCUGUAAGCGAAGAGGCAGGACCGAGUCAUACAUCAUGAAAGAUACCCUAGCAUGAAAUGAACAUUACUUUAUGAUUUGUAAAUUUAUCCCUUCUGUAGCUGACAUAGUCGCAUCUGAUGGAUGUAUUGGCAUUAAUGGAUGCACGCUUAAAGAUCUCUUUACC